CACAUAACAAUCCACGUGUACAGAUUGCGGCGGCAAGGGAACGGAAUAAAUCUUUGUUUUACUUGACACGGAGGACGCUUUGCCUUAGUGAAGAAGACACGUCAGGCUUUAAAGACCAAAAACUCAGCAGCGGCAACGGAAACAGCGAAAAUGGCGAGGGUCAAAUUCAUAACAACAAUGGCGAUGGCGAUGGUAGUUUUGUUUAUGUUUGCCAGCGAUGCUUCGUAUGGCGGGAUCCGCGACGUUCCUAAUUUUCAAAACAAUGCCGACAUUGAGCGGCUUGCACACUUUGCCGUGGACGAAUUCAAUAAACAGGAGAAUGGCAAUCUUUCUUUUUCGAAAGUGGUGAGAGCUCAAGAGCAGGUUGUGGCAGGGAUGAUGUAUUACUUGAUAAUAGAGGCUAUGAAUGGUGUCCAAGCAGGUUUGUAUGAUGCGAAAAUAUUGGUGGUGUUGUGGCGGAAUGUAACUCAGCUGAAGGAAUUCAAGCCUUCUCAGAGCCUUCUUAAAGAUAAAACUGAAGCAUCAGGGUGGCAUACUGUCUCAACCAAUGAUCAUUUAGUACAAGAAGCAGCUCAUGGUGCUCUGAAAUUUCUACAGCAGAGGUCAAACUCAAUGACGCCAUAUGAACUUCAGAAGAUACUCUCAGCAAAGGAACAGGAAGUUAAUGGUCUGAAAAACUUUAAUCUGCUUCUCAAAAUUAAGUGGGGAAAUAAAAUGGAACAGUACAAGGUUGAGAUGAAGAGAAGUGUUGAUGGGAAAUGGACCAUGAAAUAUUGAACCAUGCACAUCAGAAUGUAAAUAAUUGACAUCUCAUUUGAGUAAGAACAGUUAGGAAACAUUACUUAUACUAUUAGAGUAUCACAUUUAAUUCACACAAUUUUGCAACUGAAUGAUGAGUAUUCUUAUGUUCACAUUUUAUUAUGGUUUCCUUGUCAA